AUGCUGGACACGCUCCCAUCGCAGUGCGAGCUCCUCACCAAGCUCGUGCACGCGUUGUGCGAAACGGCACAUGAUGACGGCGACAACGCGACCGCGGCUGCCACCAGAGUACCCGAGCGACACUCGUCGCCGGCCCCGGAGCCCUGGGCCUCGCCGCAGCGGCAGAAGCUCAUCUUGACGCUGCACGUCAUAUUUCCCGACAUGCUGCUCUCGGCGCUGGAUCUGCUCGACAGGAAGCUGGUACGGCGCCUCACGCUGACUACGGCGCCGUCACCGGGCCGAUUUUCUCAACAAGACGCCUCCUUGGUCUCGCCGGGCGAGGCGCGAGGAGAGCCAUCAAGUACAGGGCGCCAAGCCAUGUACAUCGUGCGGUCCAUGGCCUCGACGCUACCGAGACGAUGCGCCCCCGGGAAGGCGGCUGCGACGCGCGUGUACCUGGUGCACCUCGAGGCGUGGAGCUGUUCGUGCGCCGGUUUCGCGGUGGAUGCGUACGCCGCCAGCAUGGGGGAGGGGAUGGCCGAAACAGCAGCAGGCGGCGGUGACGAUACGGCGGCGCAAAUGCGGAAAUUUGGAGGGCUGAGCUUGACAGGGUUGGAUGUCCAUGGCGUAGAAUCAACACCUUGCUGCAAACAUUUACUGGCAUGCCUUUUAGUGGAUAAAUGGGAGGACGUGUUGGCUGCGCAGGUAGAGGACAAAGAGUGCACGGCGGAAGAGCUGGCGGGCAUCAUCGCAGGAAUGUAG